CGCCUUUCGGGUCCUCUUGUCUCAAACUACAGGUGCUCUCCAAGUCCAAGGGUGAACCGCACCCCGGGGGGGUGUCUGCACGUCUGACCCGACAUCAGGGUUUCGUUACCCUGAGUACCUAGGCCUCAGUCAGCAAACCUCCAAGCUUCAGGUAACAGACGGCCGUAACAGAAGAGUUUCGGUCCUGCCUUUUUCGCAAGGUAUUGGGCUGUCCCCACUGGCUGUCGGAAUCUCAAAAUCAGACCAACAACCACCCGAAAAUGGCAGCCGCUCAGCCACCCAAGAGCUACUUGGACAUCAUCAACGAGACCGACAGUUUCCCACACGUGGACAUCCUUCAACUGCCACAUCUUGCAGAUUUCCAUACGGACUACUAUGCAUUUCUGCUGCCUGAUGAUGCCAGGCCGCACGGCUUCAUCCCAGCAAGUGUCGUUGCUCAGAUGCCCUGGACCGCUGACUUUGUCCUGAGUACUACCGGAGAGCUCCCCCGAACAGUGCAGCUGCUUGACACGUCCAAAGGAACGGACACAGCGGCGGCCUGCAACGCCUCACUCGCCCAGCUCAUCGACACCGCUCAAGCUCAAGGUCUCUUCCCCAAGACGCUCGGCCGGAAGCCCAAGGGUGAGGACUUCAGAAUAAUGGGUGCUAUGAACUACCAGGGCAAGAACGGUCUGAUCCAGAUGCAGCGUUCUGCUGCGCCCCUUUUCGGAAUCGCCAAUCGCGGCUCGCACAUGACCAUGUUUGUCAGGUCAAAGGAGGCCGGGGAGAUCAAGAUCUGGGUUCCUCGUCGGAGCCGUCAUCUGGCCACAUACCCAGGGAAGCUUGACAACACGGUUGCGGGAGGCACGAGGGCCGAAGAGUCACCGCUAGAGUGCAUUGUCCACGAGAGUGAUGAAGAGGCGUCCCUGCCGGCAGACUUCGUUAGCAAGCAUGUCAAGGCCGUCGGUUUAGUGACUUACGUGACGCAGACCGGAAGUGGUGGCGGACAGGACCAGCAGGCUGCGGUUGGCGGCUAUGACACAGGACUCUGCGUUUCUGAUGUCAUCUAUGUAUAUGAUCUCGAGGUGCCAGCAGACCAGGUGGAUACAAUGGUUCCGAAACCUAGAGACGAUGAGGUUGAACAGUUCUACCUGUGGGAUAUUGAGACCGUCAAGCAGGCAAUGUUCAACGGAGAGUUCAAGGCCAACACGGCAAUGGUGAUGGUGGAUUUCUUCGUGAGGCACGGCAUCAUCACGGACGACAAUGAGGCGGAUUAUUUGGAGAUAGUGACCAGGCUCCGCCGCCCGCUGCCUGUUCCCCUCUCAGCGCCGUCAGAGGCUUAAACCACAGACCGGGAAACAGAAAGAUCAGUUUCACCAAGGCUAUCACAUGAAAUUGGGUAGCAGUCCCGUCCUGCCGGGACAUUGACCAAGAAGACAGGGACCCCCACCUCCGGCACGCCAAGAAUGGCGAUUUAAGCACGACAACUGACACCAUCCCCUAUCCGCAAACCGGAGGACCUACUGGCCAACCACGAAAGUGACCAAACUGCAUGUUUGCCGCACAAUCGGUACAUUUUAUACAACGUAUUGCGGCACAAGCCGCUGCAGGGCCCGUGUAAUAUUAUCCAAUGGUGGCGGGCGAGGUGAACCCUU